AUGCCACAUAAUGAUGCCAUUGUCAUCAGCAUUCAAAUCGCACAGGCCAUGGUCGACCGAAUCCAUGCAGAUGAGGGCAGCGCAGCCAAUAUCCUACAGCUGGCUGUCAUCCAGCAGAUGGGCUUGAAGGCAAAGAUCAACAAAUCAGCCAGAUCGCUGACUGGUUUUAAUGAUGCAACAACGGUUACCGUGGGCACGGUAGACCUCAACGUCUACUCCUCACCUAUAGUCUGCUUGCAAACAUUCAUGGUCAUUGAUGAGGUCUCACCCUACAACGGCAUUCUGGGCAGGCCAUGGAUUGGCAAGAUCAACGCCAUCACCUCUGCCACACAUCAGAAAAUCCGAUACCCAAUUCUUGGGGGUGGUGUCGGCCAAAUCAACAGUGAUCAGGCGAUGGCGAGGAAAUGCUCCGCCCAAGGGCUAAAGAAAAGCAGACAAACGCAAUUCCUCCCUGUAAGCCAGGCAGAUCUGAAGGAAGUUGAACAACCGAAUCUUGCUAUCUUAUAG